CUUUUCUGAUGAUACCUUUUGCUUGGAGGGUGAUUCGUUUGAUCAUUUCAAAAUAUGGAGAGAAACGCGAAGUUGAGGCUUUGAGCGCGAUUCCAGUUUAUGACAUGUUCAAUUAAUUUGACAUGAAUUCACGUUUUAAUUUAGAGCUGAAAAAUGAAAGGGAAAUCAGUCAGUCUCCUGAAUGCGUUUUUAUUAUUGUUUUUCUUGCGGUUGAUUCUUGACGUUUACUGAAACGCAUUAAAAUCGCAGACUGCGCAGAGUGGGAGGGGAUGAAUCAUUUGGUGCUUUUUCACAUUUAAGUGGCUUGAAAGCUGAAUUUAAGGAUGACGAAAAGAUUUGAAGAUGGACAGAAAUUACAACGGACAUAAUGGUUUAGCAGGGAAAGCAAAUUAUUCGGAACGUGGAAAUUCGCGCCAUUUAAAAUAAUUAUCGUAUCCAUACUAGCGUGUUUAUGUACAUUUUAUUGCAUUAGAUAAGUUUUAUCUCAUUUUCUGAACCGAACGGUUUGUUUUUCUAAGGGGGAGGUGGCAGGGGAGACCCUCCAUCCCGUUAGACAGUCACGUGAUGAAAGUAAAUCGAGCAAGAACAAGUUUCAGCAAAUCCCCCCCCCGGGCUGAAAGAGGAAAUAAAGUUGUGGAGAUUCAUAUGGGCAAAUAUGGCUCCGACUCAGGGCGUUAUUCAAUCAGAGGGCGGCACAAGCUCCAGAAAAAAAAAAACAAAAAAAACCCAUUGUGCUCCAGCAUUGUUUCCUCCCAGGAGUACGAACUGUAAAAAAAAUAUAUAAAAAUACAUAAAAUGAAUAAAAACACUAUAGGCUGAAGUUACCACCGGGUUUAGAAUAGAACAGUAAUUAUUACCUUUAUUGUUCCUCAGAGGAGAAAUUCAGGUGCAACAGCAGCAUCAGAUAAACAGGUUCACACAACAACGUUCCAAAAGAGUAAAAACCAACCAAACAAAAAAAACAUACAAAGCAAAGGUAAAAAUAAGAGUAAUAAAAUAAUAUAUUGUACAAAACUAUUACUUAAAAUUCUGUCCAAGUAUUGGAAAUAGCAAUAUCACGAUCCAAAGGAUGUGAGUACGAUGACUUUUUUCAAAUGUUACAUAAUGUGCAACUGUAUGAAACAUUAAAAAAGAAAUCUGAUUAUUUAACAAUAUCAGUGCAGACAAACAGAUGUGCAAUAACAGCAGAGAUGUUUUCUAAAAAUAAAAAAAAAAUCAGUAAAAACAGAUUAAACAGAAUUUUAUUGUUUCACAAUUUCACUGGACAUGUUCAACAAAUGAAGUGGUCGUGCUGACAUGGAGUCUCUGAAGUUUGUUAUUAACAAAAUAUCGUAUUUAUGAAAACGCAUUAAAAAAAUAAUCAUGUAGAGUUUUUCCAGUUUGUUUUGGAUGGGAUGGAAACGCAGCACAGGCUGUUCGAAACGCCGCGCUGCUUUAUUCCGUUUGUGCGGAAAACAAUAAUGACCUGGCGCAGAACUGAGCGCCGUUUACCCAAGAAGCGGCGCAGACUUUGAUAUUCUGUUUUGAAUAUUUGAUUUGGUGUUCCAUGUCCUGUCCCCAUCUUGGCACCUUCACUUGCACAAGUUGGUACCGUCCUCCUAUCGGCCCCAGCCAGCGGGGCCCUGCAGCGGCAGCUGCUCUAAUCGGUGCGGUUCGAUUUCCUGUCCUUCGUUUUGUUGGUGAAGUCGAUCACCGUAAACGCGAUCAGAUUGACGGGAUGCAAGAAAGAAAUCCUGCUUUCUUUCUCUCUUUCUUUAUAUUGUUAUUUAUUUUUUUUCUAAUUUAUUCUGAUUUAAUCCGUGUUGAUCCGCAUAAAAGCAGAACGUUUCUUCUUCCAGCAUCACCUCCAGCAGCCCCGCGCCUGACAGUCUGGCUCACCACUGAUUUGCUAAUCUGUGCGUCAUGAUCUGUGUCCGGCGCUAACAGCCGCAGUGCCACAUGAAACUGCGUCAUAUAACAGACAGCUGAUCAGCAGAGCGGCACUAUGGCGCUCUUCACACCCCGAUAAGCUCCACACCGCGGGGUGCGCCUCCGCGUUUCCUCUGGCCCCUGCCUCCACCUCUCCCCUGCUUCUCUGAUUGAGUCAGUGAGAGGCUGCAGCGUCAUCGCUCCUCCGGCUCUGAUGGACUGAUCCAUGAGGACGCGGCGGCGACUCGGAUGAACCUGGGAAAAAAAAAAAGGAAAAAAAGAAAGCAAAAACAAGUCCUAACUUUUAAAUCUAGUCAUCAUCUUCUGCUCAUUCGGGACUGUUUUUUUCCGUCACGAAAGCGGGACGGAGGUGAAACGCUCAGUUAAAAACUCUGAGUUGAGUGGAAAAACAAGCGGAAGAGACGCGGGGGCCCCCCCGCUGCGGCUCUCUGCUGUCUACCUGCCGCCGCUCAGCGGGCGGUCAGCCUCGGUGACACCUGUCCGAGCCGACACCUGGCGGACGGGAUGGACGCCUGCGCGCAUGCUCCGUUGUCAUGUGAAAGUCUCUUAAAACGCUCGGGAUGUCAGCGGCUCAGAUCAAAUCUGUAAACAGGACGCCAGCCGCCAGGUCUCCUCCUUCUGCUCAGCAGCUGGAUCCCCGUCAUUAACCCUCGCUCUCUCUUCUUCCUCCCCAUCAACCCCUGCAAACACACACACACGCGCGCGCACACACCACACAACACACACAUACACUAAAGAUGCCUCGCUCCUUCCUGGUGAAGAGUAAGAAGGCGCACAGCUACCACCGACCGCGGACUUUGGAGGAUGAUUACAGCAGGCUGGACACGAUACUGGCGCACAUCUGUUCAGAUACCGAUAAGCUCCCGGAGGAGGACGCCGACCUUUCGGCGGACAGCUACGGCCUGUCUCCGGCCUCCCACCCGGGCGAAGCUGCGGACUUCUCCCCCAGGUCUCCGCUGAGCUGCGCCGACAGUUUGUGCGCUCGCUCCGCGGACUAUGAGGACUUCUGGCGGCCUCCGUCCCCAUCCGCGUCGCCUGUUGACUCCGAAAAAUCGCUUUCUCCCCUGGUGGGUGAAACCCAGCCCUUCACCGUCCCUUUCCGGCCGUACGCCUGGAGCAGCUACCCGGGGCCGGAGCUGGAGGUGCGGCGGCCCGUGGCGCAGCGGAGCCUCCAUCCCGGCCUGGAGGUGGACGCCAGCCCGGCGGUGAUGGCGCUCUACGCGGACCGGAGCUGCCACCCGGCCGUGUUUGCAGAGCGGGCCCUGGCGGAGGAGCCUUACGGAGACUACCGGAGGCAGGCUGCCGCGCUGCUGUUCCCUGAAGUUGGCCUGCACGGGAAGGCGGCCGAUGGGAAGGCCCGGCCCGACCUGCUCUGCUCCAGCCUCAUUCUGAACGGCGCGUACAAGUGCGUCAAGUGCGGGAAGGUGUUCUCUACCCCGCACGGCCUGGAGGUCCACGUCCGCAGAUCGCACAGCGGCACGAGGCCUUUUGCGUGCGACAUUUGCGGCAAAACGUUCGGCCACGCCGUGAGCCUGGAGCAGCACAAAGCCGUGCACUCUCAGGAGAGAAGCUUCGACUGCAAAAUUUGCGGCAAAAGCUUCAAGCGCUCCUCCACGCUAUCCACGCAUCUGCUCAUCCACUCGGACACGCGGCCCUACCCGUGUCAGUACUGCGGGAAGAGGUUCCACCAGAAGUCCGACAUGAAGAAACACACAUUCAUCCACACGGGCGAGAAGCCGCACAAAUGCCAGGUUUGCGGGAAAGCGUUCAGCCAGAGCUCCAACCUGAUCACGCACAGCAGGAAACACACCGGAUACAAACCGUUCGGCUGCGACCUGUGCGGGAAAGGCUUCCAGAGGAAGGUGGACCUGAGGAGGCACAAAGAGACACAGCACGGACUGAAGUGAGACAGAAGACCGAGCUGCGGUCCGGCCUUCACUCCGGGAGGGAAGGAGACAGAGCUGGAGCCACCGGAGGAGGAAAACAACUGUUUGUUUUUUUUGUUUGUUUUUUUUUUUCCUUUUCUCAACACAUACUUUCUUCCAUUUUUAAUGAACUGAAAAUUCAAGACAAUUUGGAUCCCAUCGACUUGUUUUUUAUUUUUUUUAUUAUAUAUUAUUUAUAGGUGCAGUGAAAAAAACACGAGCAACACUAAUGACAGCAUCCUUCCUCCUUUUCUUUUUAGAUCCCCCUCUGCCCCACCCCUUCAUCUCCUCCCCUUUAAUUUCUUUUUUAAAGCCAGAGAUAAGCUGUGAGCUGUGGAGGAAAAAUGAGAGAGAAAAAUGGCAGAUGUGUUCAGAUAAAGCAUGAUUUAAAUAACUCUGUUAAACGGACAAUAAACGCACCUGAUAAAGAUCUGCUCUUUCUGCAAAGACUGGAGGUGUUGUUGUUUUCAUCUGGCAGAGAUGAGGGCAAAACAGACACUCUCUCUCUUUCUUUCUCUCUUUUUCUGUUUCUCUCUCUCUCUGCCAGCUGCAGGGAUCGGCUCUGCUUUUCUGUCAGAAGAAAUGAUGAUUUUAUUGUUAAAAUAAACAUAGAUAAAAUUCUA